AAUCUGGCAGAGAUUAAUGCAUCAGACCAUUAGAACGGGAUCCUACAGGCAGAUAAUAUGAUGAGACAAAAGCCAGCAUGUAUCCUGAUUGUACAUCGUUGUGAUUCUUCACAACAACCCAGAACCAGACACCCAGUUAGAAAGAAGCUCAGUGCCUUUGAACGCAACGUCAGCCCGGCGCAGAUGGAGAACUCUUCCAGUGAACUUGUUUUUGUGCUCCAUGGCUUGAAUGAGACUAAAACAAAGAGACAGAUAUUUUUUGCCAUUUCUCUUCUUGUCUACGUUUUCACCAUUUUUGUGAAUUUAACUUUGAUUUUGAUCAUUUUACUGGAGAAGAUUCUCCAUGAGCCCAUGUUCAUCUUCCUGUGUAAUCUGUGUGCAAACAGCAUUUGUGGCUCAACAAGUUUCUAUCCAAAGCUACUGAUUGACCUUCUGUCAGACUCUCAUGUGAUCUCAUACACUGCAUGUAUAAUUCAAAUAUUUGGAAUCAACUUAUAUCUUGUCUGCGAAAUAACAAAUUUAACAGUAAUGGCUUAUGACAGGUAUGUUGCGAUAUGCAAACCGCUGGAGUAUCACUCUAUUAUGACGCCUCACAGGGUAGGAAUGUUGGUGCAGAUAACGUGGUUCUUAUCUUUCUUUGAGAUAAUUGUCUCCCUUAUGUUGGCAGUCAGGCUGCCCUUGUGUGGAUCCAGAAUUGAGAAGCUUUAUUGUUUUACCUCGGAUGUGGUGAAGUUGUCAUGUGUAGAUACCACCUUAAACAACAUAUAUGGCUACUGUUCCUUCUUUUUUCAUACAUUUCAAUUCCUGCUACUCAUAACCUCCUAUAUCCAAAUCACCAGGAUAUGUAUAAAAUCUCAGAUAGAACGUAGUAAGUUCAUGGAGACCUGCCUGCCCCAUCUCAUCACUUACGGUACCUUCUCCAUUUCUCUUUCUUUUGAUCUUCUAUCAGCACGUUUAAGCUCAGACGCCUCCCUGCAGGCUCUCAGAAACAGCUUUUCUAUAAUGUACCUCAUUGUUCCUCCUGUCCUGAACCCUCUCAUUUAUGGUCUGAAACUGAAGCAACUUCGUAGGAUUGUGUGGAGAAGGUUCUACAGCAAAAUUACUGCAUUGAAAUAACCAAGUGUGGCAUGGAGGUUUAGGGGGGGUCACACUGUCAUCUCACACCUCCAAGGUUGGGGAAUCUGUCCUCUGCUCUCCGUGUGUGGAGUUUGCAUUUCCUCCCUGUGUUGUGUGUUUUCCUCCCACAGUCCAAAGCAUAUGCUUCAGAUAACUGGUGUCUCAAAAUCGCCCAUAGAUAAUAAGCAUGUGCUUGUAUGUGCGCUGUGAGGGUCUGGUGUUCUGUCUAGGGAGUACCCCAGCUCUGUGCUACCUAGGAUAGGUUGCAGCCCCCCUUUCCCACCACCACCAUAUGAUGCCCAUCAGAAUAAGUGGUUAGAAUAAAUUAGCAAGUUCCUUCUUCUUCUGCGUGAUGAUUUCGGCCUGCAUGGUCUCUAUAAUGCUUUUAGUUUAGUCUGGAGCCAGACAUGUUACAGUGUCCCAGUGCUUAUAUACAGCAUAAAAUGGCAUAUGAGGAAUGAGGGGAAAUCGAUGCAAAAGCCAGCAAGAUGCUUUAUGUUCUAUGUACAUUUGAGAUUUGAUAUGCUUUAUAUAUCUGCUUAGAGAAUAUUUACAAAAUGUAACUCAUUAGUAAAUAGCAAUGUUUUGAAAACGUAUUUCGAUCUGAGGCAGAAAAUGAAACAGGUUUAUACUUAAUUCCCUCACCAUGUUCCUGUCCUCUGUUAUUCUCCUGUAUGCAGUACGAUGUUCAACUGAGUAACUGCACUUAGGCAGAGUAACAGUGGUGGGUGAUUCAAAGUCACAGCUACUAUUUAUGGCAGAAAAUG